ACGAAAAAAGAUGGAAUAUAAAUAUGGAGCAAGCAAGCACGUAUCACUGCAGCCAGGCUAGGGACACUCUGGUCUGUGCAACCCUACAAGCCAUAGAGACGGCAGGACAGAGAGACAGCUGCCUCUUAGACCAUUACACAUUAUGGAGGCUCUGUAUAUACAGCCUUUGAAAGAAGUCAGUGCGGCGAUGGAGGGAGAGGAAAGGGAAAAAAGUGGAGUACAGGAAGAGGGAGGAAUGGAGGCCUCGUCUCCCAUGGGCUUUACCACAGAAGAGGAAACAGAUGAGGAUUCAGAACCCGAGCCCCCACUAGUCGUUCGCAGGAAAGUUUCAUUUGCCGAUGCAUUUGGCCUCAACCUGGUGUCAGUCAAGGAGUUUGACAAUGUUGAAAUGUCAGAGUCAGAGGUCAACCAGCCUCCUGAGAGGGAUGCACCCCUUCCCUUAGAGGAGUUCUACAUGUCCUGUCUGUUUACAGUCCCUUUAUCCCCAGAGGAGCUGGACCAGCGGCUGCAGGCGCAGAUGGUUGAGCUGGAGAGCAUUGAGAUUCUCCCAGGAACCACCACACUUCGUGGCACCAUCAGGGUGGUCAAUCUCUGCUACAGUAAGUGUGUUCACACCCGGAUCACCCUGGAUCACUGGAACAGCUACUUUGACCUGGUUGCGGAGUAUGUACCAGGAUCCAGUGACAGGAAAACAGACAGGUUUAGCUUCACAUAUACUCUGGUUCCUCCCUUUGGAAGAGAGGGAACCAGAAUAGAGUUCUGUCUGCGUUAUGAAACGUCAGUAGGUACUUUCUGGGCUAACAACAAGGAAAUGAACUAUGUGCUGUUCUGCCACCAAAGACAAGUGAAAGAUUAUGGGCUUCAAAUGCUAGAGGAGAGUAACUGCAAGAGCAAGAGGAGCUGUCUGAGAGCUAACAGGAGGGGAAGUACAGAGGAAAAGACCAAGGAGGCCAUUACCACAGCAACAGUGUCUGCAGAAACAGAUGCCACACUUGUGUUAAAUGUGGAGGAGGUUGACAAAAACAUAGAGGACAGAGCAGAGAAAGAAUCAUUACUCUACCAGGAAGAAGACAACCCUUUGGUGGACAGCAUAAAAAACCAACACAGAGCAGGAUAUCUGGCACAUCUGCAGGACUACCUCUCCCACAGAAGACAAAUACCAAAGGUUUAUUCAUCUGAAUCAGCCAGUGGCGAGGAGGUUUCUCAGCCUAUGCCAGCUCCAUGGGAUGACUCUGCCAGCUUUCUCUAUAAACACCAGAAGAAACAAGUCAGUGAGCGACGACAGGUUCUCACCUACCAUCAGAUUCCUCUGCUUACUCUGGAUUGGAACAGUGAUAAAGUACAGCAGUGUGGGGCUGCUGAUGUGGAUGACAUCUGGACUGGAAGAGCAAAAAUGACCUUAUCCAAAGCAUCAGAGGGAAAAAUAGAAGAUACACCUCCUGUUAAUGAUAUGUGGGAGACACUUCUUAACUGUACAGAUGAUACCACUAAUAAAGGAAUCUCAGUGUGUGAUGUAUGGCAGGAAUUUCUUAAUGAGCAGAGCUAUAAGGAUCAUUCUGCUGUUCCAGAGUCAGAAUGGCUGCAGACAGCAGCAUCGGUGUCUCCCUCAAAUGAUAGGGAGUCCCAAACCCGAUAUGCGGUAAGCAAUCAAGAGUGUCAAGAAUUUCAUGUGGGCACAGAUAUACCCGCUGCCUUACAUGCAGACACCUCAGCUACGAGUCAGCUGCUGUCAGACACUUGUGAAACUAAUGUUGCCUUGAACGCUGAAGACCACCAGUCAGCAGAGGCAUGUGUCAGCAGGGCAAGAGAUGACAACACAGUGACACCAGAUGCAUCGCAAAGGUCACAGACAAACUCUGCAACAGACUCUCCACAGGAAUUUAGCCUCAUGGGGACAACGCCUAUGUCCGAAGGCUCUGUUGACAGUUCAUCUGAGUGUCACAAACAUGUGAUCUGGGAGCGAGAAAGAGAAGGAAUAAUAGGGGGAGCAGAAGGAACAGGAGGAGAUGAGCCCUUCACACCGCAUACAACUGACUUACGCUCAGGGGAGUCGGAGACAACAGACAUGACAGCAAUGCCAGAGUCUCAGAAUGCCAGAGCUGUUGAUAGGAUCUCACAGGGAGCAUGGCUGGAUGAGGGUCUUUCUUCCAGCGGGGAAGAGCAGGUUACAGGUACAGCUCACAAUGCAAUGGAUGACAUGCUGGCAUUUAGGGAGACAACCAGACAGGAGACAAAGGAUGGGGAGAGGUUUGAUUUUUCCACAUCCAGACUAGGAGCUGAGGAAAGGAUCAUGACAAAUUGUGUGGGAAAUAAAGUAGCUACAGAAAAUGAGAUAUUUAGGCCACAGAAAACAGAAGAGUGUGAAAUCUCCCAAAGUUUGCACGCCAGGGUCCCAGAUCGUCAGUGCGCCGACGAGGACACGCCAACAGGGGCUGUCACUUCUGGUCCUGAGGGGUUGGACGACGUCAACGCUGGUCCUGUUCUUGAUCCCUGGAGGGUUGACGGCCUCGACACCACCUCUGCCCUUCUUCCUGAGGGGUGCACCAAUGAUGACGUCGACGCUGCCCCUGUUCCCUGGUGGGUCGAUAGCUGCAAUGCCACCCCUGUCCUUCCUCCAGAGGGAGUCACCAGCCAUGCCACCCCACUUCUCCUAGUUCCAGAGUUUUUCGCUGACAGUGAAGGUGCCCCCUUCUCCUAG